CCGCGCAAUUGUGAUCAGAUGUUCGUCUGGUAAACUGUGAAGCGUUAGUGUUACAAGUGGUAGAAAGAGUGAAUAUUAAAAUAAAAUCAUAAUGCGUACAAACGCAAUAGUUAGUUGUUUAGUAUUGUUAUUCCAUAAUGUGUGCUGUACUGAGAAUACGUGGGUGGAACCCCACGACUGGACAAAACUAUCACCAGAGUCGUUCAAUCAUCCCACCAACACUGAGGAUGCGUGUCUUUGCCAGGCGCCAACAGAGCCUAAAUCUAUUGCCUCCGUCGAGGAUCAACUAGCAUUAAUAUAUUUUAAAAAGUUCGUUAAUUCACUCUUCAGCCGCAAUAAACUACAACAUAGCAAAUCGGCGCAGCUCUUCAAGCGAUCACUGCUGUUUACGUUGUUGCCGUCACAAAUUGAAGAACUUGAAGCAGCACAAGAUGUACGAGAUAUUGAUAUUGUUCUCAGUCAAAUUAUGGAUAAAGCCAAGGAUUUAUCUUUGUAUACAGCCGAAGGCGAUUAUGGGUACUCACAUCAAGGAAUGGGAGUAAAAGCUCUUAUUACAGACAUGUACAAGGAUUUUGUACAGUUGCUGAGAAUAUCUGAGGUAAAAUUUUUAUUGGCAGUAUUGCUCUCUAUUGCUGCCGGUUGGCUUGUGAGAAAACGUUAUCGGAUUCCGAUCUUCGUUAUUGUAAUUGGCGGCGUAUUUCUAUAUGGCUAUUUUCACACUUAUUUGGAGUGCAAUAGAAAAAUGGAAGUCGAUGCCAUGUUGGAAGUGAUUGAUAGUCAUCAAGAAAUUGAUCAGAGUUCCUGGUUUUCGCGACUAUUUGGUUUUAUUUCAAGGGAAACCCCCGAACAAAUACAAAAGAAACGUUUAAUUAAAUCAACAAAAUUGAUUAUGCCGUUUUGUCGACCAGAUCACGUUUUUGUCAUAUACACAAGUGAUAUAUUCAUAAAACAAAUUGAAAUGCUGCUGGAAAAGACAACGGAUACCAUGACCAAAUUAACCAAUGGUUUAGGGUUCCCGUACAACUUAAUUGCACCAAUUGCACUAGUCUGCAUGAUAAGCUACAUGUUGAAGCUUACGUUCAAAUACAUCAUAAGUCCCAAGGUAUGGAUACAAUUCAUGCAUCGGAACCCGCCUCCACCCGUCCAAGCGACGCAACAAGCAUCCCUCGCAGGUGGCUCAGCAAACGACUCUUUGUCGGGUGAGAACCUGAAAAUGUUGCUAAACGUAAUGAACCGUGCGCAAUUAACAUCGUCGGAAUCGCAAGCACAAUUAGCCGUUUCUGGGGUUGAAGAGGUGCUGGAGCAACUGGAGGCACCGCCACCAAGCACUUCACCAACCAAGAAAGUCAAACCUUCUUCAAAGGAUACAUCGAGUGAGGAACUUAAUGCCAGCAGUAGCUUUGCAGACAUCGCUCAAGAAGCUGGAUUUACAGUCGUCGACGACAACGACAACGACGAUAAUGAUAAUGAUAUUCAUAUUAGCAAGUCUUAGCAGUGUCGCCACUUUAAGCCUGUAUUUAAUGUAAUGUUUGUGAUGAUAUACUUAAAAGAAUUUUACCAGUUUUUUACCCAAGUAAACGAGUCAGUUACCACUUAAUAAUUUUUUGUUAUAGUUAAAUCAUUCUUUAUUUAAAUUAUUUUUUGCGUGUAUUUAUUUCAUUUUUGCACGAUAAUUAUUAUAAGUUAAAUCUCCAACAAUAAGAUUUCAUUAAGUGUCAUUAAUAGGCCUCCCAAAAACUGUCUAUUACAUGUUUCCUAUAUAUGUAUAAUAUAUAUAUAUAUAUUAUUUUUUUAUUCUGCUGGCCACUUCAAAAUUGUAUAUAUAUUUGCCAAUAAUGGCGUUUUUUGUUGCUGAAUUAUUUUUGUUCAUAUAUUUACAACAUAUUAUUAGCAUUGAGUGUUUUUCUCUUUGUUUGUAUGAGUUGCAUAUUUGAAAUGUAAGCAAUAAUCAAAUAUUCAUCGUGAAUAAUAAACUAGUUUAAUAUACAACUAAUAUGUUGUGUGUAUAAUAAGUUAAUAUAUAUAUAUGUAUAUUCAUAAAAAAAUUAAAAAUAA